CCAGCUGAAACGGAAAUGGAGUAUCUGUUUAAUUUGACUUGACAGCUGACAUGAACAAAAACAAAAAACAGUUUCCAAUAAUGUCUCUCGCAAAAUUUUAAUGAAAUUACUACAUAACAAAGUUUGCGGUUUUUAAUUUUUGUUUUAGGUCUUGUUAGGUGACUUAUUUCACUGAGCGAUAUUUUUGCCUGCCGUAGAAUGCCUAACACGAGCGUUUAGAUCGUUUGUCACUAAUAUUAUUUCAUUGCAGCAAAUGGAGGUGGAUUUACAAGACACUUUCUUGCGUGAUGAGGAUCAGCUAUCUCAACACAGCUCAAAACAAACUUAUUCAGUACCAAAUAAACGAAAAAAUGAUAAACAAGAGGAGAAAACGGUAACUGAUCAACAAGCUAAAGAGGAAAAGGAACAAGCUGAAAAUAUAGCGUCUAUGCUUAUGCGUAACUACGACACCAAGUUAUAUGGUGAAGAUGAUACGUCGCAGCCUACGUCACGUACUGCACCUAUAAUACCUAUAGAGGCCACACGCAAGAAAAAGAAAAGAAGGAGUAUUUGGUAUUACCUUAUUAGAUCUCAAAUAUCGAUAUGUCUAACAAAUUGCCGCUAUGAAUCUAUACGGAAAGUGGCAAGCGCUUUCGGAAUGCGAGAAGUAUCUGAGGAGGAUGCUUGGAAUUUCUACUGGACUGACAUGAGCGUAUCUGUGGAGCGAGCGAAGGAAAUGAAGAGGUUUCAGCGCAUCAAUCAUUUUCCUGGCAUGUUAGAAAUUUGCAGAAAGGAUCUGUUGGCACGGAAUUUGAAUAGAAUGCAGAAAAUUUAUCCAAAGGAAUAUAAUUUCUUUCCAAAAACUUGGUGCCUGCCAGCAGAUUUUGGCGAAGCCCUUAAUUAUAGCAAAUCUCGUAAGAAUAAGACUUUUAUUAUAAAACCCGAAUGUGGCAGCCAGGGUCGCGGCAUUUACUUGACUAAGUCGCUAAAGGACAUCAAACCAACUGACAAACUUAUAUGCCAGGUGUAUUUAUCAAAACCGUAUCUAGUGGACGGCUACAAGUUCGACAUUAGAGUUUACACUCUCAUUACUUCUUGUGAUCCUCUAAGAAUAUUUGUUUAUAACGAAGGACUUGUAAGGUUCGCAACAAGCAGAUACGCGGACCCCAAUGUAAACAACACUACGAAUGUGUUCAUGCACCUGACUAAUUAUGCGCUGAACAAGCACAGCCGCACCUACGUUUACGACUCAGAAGCUGGCAGCAAGCGCAAGAUAUCGACUUUGAACAAGAUCCUGUUGUCGCAAGGCGUCGAUUUGGACAGGCUGUGGCAUGCUAUAGACCAAGUGAUCGUCAAGACUAUCAUAUCCGCGUGGCCGAUACUCAAGCACAGUUACCAUGCCUGUUUCCCCUCGCAUGAUAUGGUGCAUGCCUGUUUUGAAAUACUUGGCUUCGAUAUCCUUCUGGACCAUAAGUUACACCCUUAUAUAUUGGAAGUGAAUCAUUCGCCGAGUUUUCAUACGGACACACAAUUGGAUCGCGAGGUGAAAGAAGGAUUGCUCACCGAUACAUUCACUAUGCUGAAUAUAUGGCAAUGCGACAAGCGGCGCGUGCUCGAAGAAGAUCGCAAACGGAUACGAGACAGACUGCUCCAGACUAACAAGUUCGCUGAAUUCACACCAACCGAGGAUAAGGAACCAGAAAAAAGUCCGUGGCAAACACAAAUACAGUGGGAGGAGACGCAUCUUGGAAAUUUUAGACGUGUGUACCCGGUGGGCGAGCAGUACGCGUCGCUGUUCCAGCAGCCCUCGGGCUCGCUGUACACGGGCACGGCCUCGUCGCGCGCCCGCGGCGACUGCACGCGCCUGCAGCGGGAGGAGUUCCAGCAGACGAAAGCUAAAGCGGAAGCGCUGAAGAAACCCUCGCAGCCCAAAGCUUCUAAAGAAGGUGAAAAGAAGUCAGUCGAAGAGGGAAGCUCCACGACUACCGCUAUCACUUCCAACACAACCACCACAGACAAGACCGCCAAAACUAAAAGCCGCGCGGACAAGGAACAGAAACGCAAAGAAAAAGAUAAAGACAAAGAUGAUAAAGACAAGAAACUUUCCAGCAGACCCUCACUUGCACAGCAACCGGUGGCCGAAAAAGAGAGCAAACCGACGUACGUGCUGUGUUCAUUUGAGCCUGAUCCCAUUGUGGAGAAAGAGGAACGUGAGCGGGUGAACUUGCUAGCGCAGAGGGACUUCUUGAUAAGAAGUUACGGCAUGCUAGAGCAGAUCUAUUUAGUCAUGAAAAAAAUGGGAACCCUAAGGCCCGAGGACGAACGAAAAUAUGGUGUCUACGGACGACUUUCAGUGGUAUCUAACUCGCCCAAGACCGCCACAAAGAAGAGUAAAACAGUCGCUCACAAGCCAAACAACCACGGAGACCACUUGGACAACGGCCUGCAGGUGGAGUGCCGCGACGUCGUGAUCUGGGAGCGGGGCCCGCGCUGCGCGGGCGGCCGCUCCGCCGCCACGCACCUGGCCCGCACCGCCUACACCAUAUGGAAAAUGAACUCAUUAGAUACGAUUCCUCGUCCCAAGUGAGUAAACGUGGACAUUGUGUUCAUUACGACUAUUUGCGACGUACAGUGUCGUCGUUGUGUUCAUGAGACUGUGUAAUUUACAAACUCAAGCUUCGCUCUUUAGAGCAAGUGCUAUUAUACCAAAUAUAGUAUUACUAUAUCAGAUAAUUAUAUUAUUGUUUACUACUGCAUAUUAUCUGACAUAUUACAAUUACAAAUAAGAAGUAUUUUUUUAUAAUGUAAUUGCUUUAAAACGUGCUCUUAAUCAUGAUAAUUUUAAAAUAACAAUAAUCCUAUUAUAAUAAUUAGAGUAUUUUGUCAAUGUUCAGUAAAUUCUAGUGCAUAGAUUAAUAAGCAAUAACUGAAGGAAUAUACUUAUUUACUAUUAACUGUAUUAUGAUUUUUACAGUAUUCAUUGUUUUUUUUAAAUAAAAGUAUAUUUUAAUAUCAAA